UUUUUAAAUCAAAUAAGAUAUCAAUUAAAUCAACGAUUGUUUGGUCCGUCACUUGCGUUAAGAAGUGUUUUGUUGUCGAAUGAGAGGAAUAUAACUUUUACGGCACAACACGAAGAACUGAGAAAAACAGUGAAAAAGAUAAUUGAAAAGGAUGUCAACCCUUAUGUCGAGGAAUGGGAGGAGAAGGACAUCUUUCCGGCUCAUCAGGUGUUCAAAAAGUUUGGCGAAGCGGGUCUUCUCGGCAUCACUAGACCUACAGAAUAUAAUGGUUUGGGUUUAGAUUAUUCAUAUAGUAUCGCAUUCUUCGAAGAGUUGGCGAACAUUAACUGCGGAGGAAUACCGACAGCCAUUACGGUUCAGACAGAUAUGGCGAUCCCAGCGCUGACUCAGUUUGGAAGCGAUUACUUGAAGCGUGAGUUCUUGGCGCCAACCGUUGCGGGCGAUUAUGUG